CCUUUUGUAACCUUGUAGCCCUUCAAAACCUUCACAAUAUAGCGCAUUUAAGCAUAAUAGAUAGGCAUGCAUUGGGUGGCUCAUUCGAGAUUGUUAGGGCCGAGUACCAAAUUGGUUGCUUGGAAGGGAGAGAAAUGAGAGGAGGAAUAAAUGCCCCUGAUAACCUUGUCAGUUGUCAUGUGGAAGCUGUUCGAAUCGGGAAUGGUAUAUGAAUAUCCACGUCGAGGUCAACAUUUGAACAAAUGCUCCUACCACUGGACUGCCAACCGGCUCAACUGUGUCGUGUGCGAUAUACCUCAAGGAGGGACUAGAGGGGCAUAUCCAUCCAUAAACAAAAGUUGCUUCCAAGUAUAUAUCAUUAUCUCGUUUGCUGAUGCUUUUUAAAAGAAAAAAGCGGGAAAGCCUUAACUUUUUUUCUGAAAACAUUCCGAUGCCAAUUUACAUGGGAAUUCAUACGCUACCGAGCGGCCAGCAAAAUGCCGUUGGACGUCCCUUUCACUCCUCACGGAGAGGGCUACAAAGGGCAUUUUGAAGGAUUUCUUGGCAAAAUAUGGGAAACAAGUGGAUGGGGAGAGGGAGGACAAGAAAAGGUUGGGGAUGACACAGAAGGACUCAGCUGCCGGCAUUUGUAAGGACUACGACCUCCCACUCACGCCUGACCAGUAUAUCAAAGAAAUCACACCAAUGUAUCGUGAAAAGUGGCUGCAAGCAAAGCCACUUCCUGGGGCAAAUCGACUUAUCAAACAUCUCCAUAAACAUGGAGUGCCAUUUGCUCUUGCUUCAAACUCCUUACAAGAAUACAUAGAUGCAAAAAUAUCUCACCAAAGAGGUUGGAAGGAAUACUUUUCAGUAAUUCUUGGAAGUGACCAAGUUAAAUCGGGAAAGCCCUCUCCAUAUCUAUUUGAAGAGGCUGCAAAGAGAAUGGGGGUAGAUGCAGCUCAAUGCCUUGUGAUUGAAGAUUCUUUGGUUGGUGUUAGAGCGGCUAAUGCUGCCAAAAUGAAGGUAGUUGCUGUUCCACCACAUAGUGAAGCUGAUUGUUCUUCCCUAGCAGAUUCCGUGCUUCAUUCACUUCUAGAAUUUCAGCCCGAGCUCUGGGGUCUUCCCCCAUUUGAAGACUGGGUAGAUAAUGCAUUACCUAUCGAACCAAUACAUGUGAGAGGUGUAUCUGUCACUGGAUCUGUGUGUGAAGUCUCAGAGAACGGAACACCUGCUCUUCGAGACCAAGUUUUUGGAUUUUACUUUGGUUGGGCCAAAGUUGAUGUGCAGAAAAGCUUCAAAGUUAUGGUUAGCAUUGGAUGGGAUCACUGUUCCUGUAUCUCCAAGAGAAAAUUUCAUAUAUGUAUAAUUGAUGGAAACAAUGAGCAUUUAUCUCAUCACCAGAUCCAACUCCUGCUUGUUGGUUACCUCCGCGGUUUGAAUAGCAAGGAUAUUACAUCCAUGAAUGUGGAAGUACUCGAGGAUUAUAAGUCCAUUGCAAGUGCUUCAUUGGAUCUGCCUAUGUUUCUCCACCAUGCUUGUGAACCUCUCUUUCCAGAAGCUUCUCCGGAGGACUCCUUUUGCUCUGAUGAGAAAGAAUAAUGAUGUAACCCAUUAUUUCUUUGAUACUACAACAAUUUAACACUAAAAGAAAUGUUGAAACUGAAAAUAAUUUCGUAUUUUUCUUUGAUAACAUACACAUUAUACACAUUAUUCCUCUUGGUCCAGGUUCGACCACCUUUAGAUUUGGUCAGAGAGGAUGGCCGAACCAGCCCCAAAUUCAUCCAAAAAGAGUGGUGUAACCACCCCAUGACCUUGGGGGUGGUCAAAUUACUCCUAAAUUCGCCCAAAGAGGGUAGCCAAACCACCCCCAUAGCCAUUGGGGGUAGUUCGACGACUCCUUUGGCCCUAGUUCCUCCUGUCUUGUUCUUUUUUUAA